AUGCCUUCACAAUUUCACAUGCCCGGCGGCUUCAAUCGAGAAGGUGUUCAUCCAGGCCUGUUUCGCCCGCCCAUGUCACCAAGCGCGAGUAGCUAUGGUUACCCUUCCCCAUACAGCACUGCAACCCCCGAUGGGCAGGCUAUGAAGCGCAAGCGACGGGGCCAUGAGAUGUCACGAUCGCAAGAUAUUCGAAUACCAGAUGAUUUCAAUAGGCAGGGCUACUUUGGGACGCCCCUGGCUCAGAUGAGGCAUGGUGAUAGGCACUACCAACUCGCUGGGCAGCUUGAUACACCAAGUGCUGGACCUUUUGAUAAUGGCAACCUUGACGAGAGCAUGUAUUCCGACUCUGACUAUCGCAGAGCACUCGGCUCAAAACGAACCCUCGACGACAUCGAUCGUAACGACGCUGGGCCUACGCAGCUCUUCAACCUCCCUCCCCAGCCAAUGCCGUCACAAGGCUGGGGCAGUUUCGCUGUAUCGACUCUCGGCGGUGUUGUUGGCCGCGUGUGGGAGUUCUGCAAGACCGGCUCAUUUCGAGGAUUCCAAGCCGGCGGCGGAAGGGCUUUUGCAAUGAACGGGGGUAAGGUGGAAGAGUUGGACCAGACACUUUUCGAAAGUCAGCAUCUUCCUGGCCGGUUCCCGGCAUCGCAGGAGGAUUACUUCAACCAUCAGUCAGAUAACGCCGACCAGGGCCAUAAUAGCGGUGCAUCUACACCCACAGCGCCGUGUCCAAAACGGAGACAUACAGAUAAUCGAGACGAACUGGGCAGGAAUUGGGUUAUGGUGAGUGAUGAGAAACCAGCUGAGCCCGAGCCUGAGGCUAGACCUACGCCUCCGCAACGACAGCCAUCUUAUCGCCCAUCCCCUCGAUCGCGAAACUCCGGACCCUCUAUGGCUACAGGCCGACGCAUCAGUGCUGCUCCGUCUACCCGCGCCCCGUCAUCCCGUGCUCCGACUACCAGAUACUCUUCCGCCUCUACUCCCAGCCAGCGACGAUCGACUGUCAACCGCCCUUCUAGCCGCCUGUCAGUCGGUCCCUCGCCAUCGGGUCCUUCACCUCGUGCAGCAUCGACGGCCUCUUUCGCAUCCCUUGCUUCACUUGGUUCUCCCCGCGAGGCGACGCCCAGCAAGAUCCCUCAGCCCAGCCGCCGCCGAAACACGAUCGUCUCAUCCCCGAUAGCGAAAACGUCGUCGCACCGACGGUCACACAGUAAUGCCUCAGUAGCAUCGGGGCGCACCACCACAGAAGAAAGUCCCCGUCUCACUACAGAAGCCAAGCAUCUAGCAGCACGCCGUAAGAUGGAAGAACGAGAUGCUGAUGUGCGUAUCAAUGCAUUCAACAAACAGUUACAGGACAUGAUUCGCCAGGGUAGAGAGGCAUUGGGCACAACGAUAGAAGUGGAGGGGAACUGGGAUGAUGACCUGUGA